GAGAGAGAGGAUGUGUCUUAAGAACAUUUCGUGGUCUAAUACGCCACCUAGCGCAAAUCUAUGGAAACAUCUUGACACCCGUUUUAAAGUAGGACUAGGUCUAGGUCUAUUGUGCUGCUGUUGCCCAUUUAUCUUAUUUUUGUUCGUAUACACCACUUGCAAUCAAAUUCCAAUCAACAUCGUUUUAAGAUACGCAUGAUUUAUUUAAAUAUGAAUAUGUGCAGUAGGCUAAUAAGCUAAAUUGAGCACUGUUGAUGAAAGUCAUUGUCUUCAAGACAUGUCUUUCAUCACGUUGCUAAAUGUAAUUAUCCUAAGGGUCUAUAUAAGGGCUAUUCAAUGGUUGUAAAAAUCCCAAAGAGAGCACAGAGUACUGGGCUUGUUGACCUAUGUGGGGACACUGUCUGACAGUGUCAAUAAAUUAAUUCACAUGUAAUGUAGACCUUAUGUUUGUUAAUUAAUUAAGAUGGCCUACACUGGUAUUACAGGCUAGCAAUUGGCAACUUGUAAUUUUGACAGCCAAUGUACACAUAAUAAAAUAUUGUUAGGCUGUGGUUUUGAAGCAGUUAUCAUUUUACCUGUGUGACCUGGUUGGCAGUCACUUUGACAAGCUAGCAUGUUGCACCACUAAUUAGUAAGUGCAACUUAUGGGUAGACAUGCAGGAAAUGUUGCACUUAUUAGAGUACUAAGUUUAUCAGGAGGUGGCUUAAGUAUGAAGUGGGUAACCUUUGAAUAUUAUGAUAUUGUUAUAUAUAGGCUAUUGGACCUGUCUUUUGUAAACUGCCACAUUAAUGACACUCACUGGUUCUUUCCAGAUGAAGUGGUGGAGGACAACGCCCACAUUGUCUGUCAAUGGAAAAGAUGCCACUUGGGCCUUCAUGAUCUACUGGAACAUAUUCCAACAGUCUUAACAUGUCUUGUUUUAAGUGGUCAUUACAUUUAUUUUAUGAUUCUUAUCAAUUUCAAGUUGCUAUUUGCAAGUGUCAGAUAGGGAGCAGAUCUCUCAAAACAGGCUUCCACGUUGUUUCUUGGUUGUAUCUGUUAGCUAUUACUGGGGGGAAAAAGGAUAAUGGUGUUACAUUUGUAUAUUGUGACUGAGUCCUCUAGUAUGUUUCCAAAAUAUAUAGUUCAUAUAAAUGAAGCAUUAUCUUUUCGGUAGGUUUAUUUGGAGCACAUCCAAAGGUCAUAUUUUAAUGGACUGGAUAGGAAAACAUGUUGAUUGGUGUAGCUACAGCACAAGCUGAUGUACAGGGAUCAUCUGGAGACUGGGUAUUGUCCCCCUCGUAGUGACUUACUUGACAAUGUGUUUUCAAAGUGAAGAGGUGUGAUAAGAGGUGAGAGAGAGAGAGGUGUGUUAAGACAAGAAUCGUGAGAAAAUUACUCUUUGAAAAAGAAAGUUAGUAUGUAUUGCCACAGACAAUUUGCCCACAUGCAUGACUGUGUAAGUUAAGUGUAAGUGAAAUAUGAAGUCAUAUGUUGUCAUGUGCUGAGUUUUGAACAUGGUUGAAACACCAUUGUGUUUGUGAAUCCACUCCAGCAUCUGUCAAAGGGAGAUUUGUCAUUAUAAUCCCCACCUGACAUGAAGAGCAAACACUGCAAGGCACCAUGCUUUCUCUAAACCCAACCGUAUAGCUGUGCCUGCCUCUCUCACAACAAUUGAACAGGUGCUCAUCUGAAUGUGUCAUCGCAAAGCCCUGCUACUAUGUGGAAAUCCGUCAACUUUUAUCUAUGAACGUUCUGAAUGCACCAAAUGCAACUGUAAAGGACUGAUUUUAUUUAUGGAAUAUUGAUAUUACGGAAUGCAUGUUAUGGCUGGAUAGAGUGUGGAAGUUUGCUUGUUCUCUUCCACACCCAUACUGUACAUAUUCAGUACAUGAUAAUUAAAUAACACUGCACUGAUUACCUGGAGACAAAAAAAAUCUUGACUGUAAAAUCCAAUUCAGAGCUGAAGAUAUUCUCAAAUCUAAUAUAUUAAAUGAAAACAUACCAGCCAUGGUGAGAAUCACUUUUACUUUGGUUUGAAUUAGAUAGGUCUCAGAGAGUACUGUUAUUCUGAGCCAGUCCCACAGCAAUGAAGUGAUUCAUCGGCUAGAUUGCAUUUUAACAGGAUGUUGAUUGAGAGCAUAAGCCAUAUUGAUUUUCCUGAUGGAAACAGGAAAUAGCUGAGUUAGAAAUAAAAUUAUUUGUUGUUCCCGGUGUGAGGAGGCCCAGAGGACUGGCAGGCAAUUGCACACUGAUGAGUGGCACUGCCCCCAAAACACCUCCCCUCCAUCCUGUCCCCUAUGGAGACCUGGGAGAGACGUCAUCUGUGGUUGUUAUGCUGCAAAAUGACGCCUGCACUGACUCCCCACCCCCUGUUACUGCAAUUUAGUCCCAGUGAUCCAUCAGGGAAGAAGGACUACUACAUCUGCUGCAGCAUCUUCUACAUGAAGAUGGACCCCCAAUCAGUUCAUGUAUCAGUAAGCAGUGUGAUGGGAUUUCAGUCCAUGUAUUUGUUUUCCUAGAUCAUUGGGGCAGCCUAAUGACUGGAUUUGACAGGUCACAGGAACACUUUAUAGGAUGAUAAAGGAUUACCUCAUAUGAAUGAUUAUUUUCAAAUUACAAUAUUGAGAAAAGUUUGGAAUGAUUUCCUGCUCAUCUAUGUUUGCUUGGCUGCAUUUUGUCUCCAAGGUUGUUUUGUCGGUAAGAGGAAAGAUGCCCCCAUCCCCCUGCAAACACGUACAAACCAAGCCCUCCCAUCCUCUCCUCCUCCAUCCCCUCCCUUCCCUCUAACACACACUCACACUCUGGAGAAACACGUCACUGAGCUUGGGGACUCAGCGGCUCAUUAAGGAGAAGGAUGUGAUAUUCUCAAUCGAGACUGUGAGACUCCCAGCACGCCUAUUUAUAGAUGCAAUAUCUCUAUGGCAGUCACCGUGGCGUUGGCUAAUCGCAGCCGUGGCCCCAGACACCAAUUAAGAAUGAAACAAAUGCUUUUUAGGUGGGGUCUGCCCCUCCCUUCUGCUAAGGUCUUUCCGUCCGCCACACUGCCUGGUGGGGGAGCGGAUCUGCUUGGAGCGUAUUCCUGCAUCAGGUCGGGACACAAGGAGGGCGGCAUGCAGAGUGCAGUCAAAGCCCUGCCAUGGCUAUUUUUAAAUGCACCCCUCUGGAGAGCAAGAGCUAGGUUUCUUGUAUUGUGGUUGUUUUCAUAUGUUUGACUCUGGGUCUGGGAUGUCCGUGGAUAUGUUGAAUUGCUGUGACUCAUAGGGCAUAAAGUUCCACCAGGUUAGAAGAGUGAUGACCAUCCUGUUCCUUACUAUGGUUAUUUCAUACUUCAGUUGCAUGAGAGCUGCUCCCAUGAGAGACGCCCCGAGUAUGCGGGGCCACCGAACGGAAGGCUACUUGGGUGCUGCAGUGACAGCCGGCCGGGGCCACGGGACUCCACAGAGCGGGGGUGGGCCGGGCCAGCAUGGGGGACUGCCCUCGCUCACAGACACGUUUGAGCAGGUGAUUGAGGAGCUCUUGGAGGUGGAUGGAGAAGCAGCUCAGCUGGGGCCUGGGGCUGACAAGGGCCAGGGAGGAGGGGGUCCUUCCUCUGUGGUCACCACGGAGACCAAGGAUGUCGACCUGUAUGCAUCGCGGGUGAUGAUCAGCAACCAAGUGCCUUUAGAGCCACCGCUGCUUUUUCUCCUGGAGGAAUACAAAAACUACCUGGACGCCGCUAACAUGUCCAUGAGGGUACGGCGGCAUUCUGACCCAUCGCGGCGUGGCGAGCUGAGUGUGUGUGAUAGUAUUAGCCAGUGGGUGACAGCUGUGGACAAAAAGACAGCCAUAGACAUGUCUGGGCAGACCGUUACCGUCCUGGAAAAGGUCCCUGUCCCCAAUGGCCAACUGAAGCAAUACUUUUAUGAGACCAAAUGUAACCCUAUGGGGUACACAAAGGAGGGCUGCCGUGGAAUAGACAAGAGGCAUUAUAACUCCCAAUGCAGGACAACCCAGUCCUACGUGCGAGCGCUCACCAUGGAUAGCAAAAAGAAGAUUGGCUGGCGGUUUAUAAGGAUAGACACAUCAUGUGUAUGCACAUUGACCAUUAAAAGAGGAAGAUAGUGUAUAUAAUGUAUAGAUUUUAUUGAGAGUUUAAAAAAGAGAGUAAAGAGAAAAUAUCUAUUUGUAUAUAUACAUAACAGGGUAAAUUAUUCCGUCAAAUGAAAAUUUUAUGGACUGCAUGUAAAAAAAGAUGAAGUUUAUACAGUAAAAGUGAUACUACAGUCUAUUUAUUGAACAUAUUCAUGACCUUGUAAACAAUUAAAAAAAGAUCUGAUCAGUCA